AUGAUUUGGGAAGUCACUGUGUUGUUCAGCUUGGUCCUGGGAAUUGGUGCUGUUCCCCUGGAUGACCCUGAGGAUGGAGGCAAGCACUGGGUGGUGAUUGUCGCAGGAUCAAAUGGCUGGUAUAAUUACAGGCACCAGGCAGAUGCGUGCCACGCCUACCAGAUCGUUCACCGAAAUGGAAUCCCUGAUGAGCAGAUCAUCGUGAUGAUGUAUGAUGACAUCGCCAACUCUGAAGACAAUCCCACCCCGGGAGUUGUGAUCAACAGGCCCAACGGCUCAGACGUGUACCAGGGCGUGGUGAAGGACUACACGGGCGAGGAUGUCACCCCGAAGAAUUUCCUUGCUGUGUUGAGAGGUGAUGCAGAAGCAGUGAAGGGCGUAGGGUCUGGAAAGGUCUUAAAGAGUGGCCCCCGGGACCACGUGUUCGUUUACUUCACGGAUCACGGAGCCACUGGAAUACUGGUGUUUCCUAACGAGGAUCUUCAUGUAAAGGACCUGAAUGAGACCAUCCAUUACAUGUACGAACACAAGAUGUACCAAAAGAUGGUGUUCUACAUUGAGGCCUGUGAGUCUGGGUCCAUGAUGAACCACCUGCCACCCGACAUCAAUGUUUAUGCAACUACGGCUGCCAACCCCAAGGAGUCGUCCUAUGCAUGUUACUAUGAUGAGCAGCGGUCCACGUACCUGGGGGACUGGUACAGUGUCAACUGGAUGGAAGAUUCAGACGUGGAGGAUUUGACCAAAGAGACCCUCCACAAGCAGUACCAGCUGGUGAAAUCCCACACAAACACCAGCCACGUCAUGCAGUAUGGGAACAAGUCCAUCUCUGCCAUGAAGUUGAUGCAGUUUCAGGGUAUGAAACACAAAGCUAGCUCUCCCAUCUCGCUGCCCCCCGUCAGUCGCCUUGACCUCACUCCAAGCCCCGAGGUGCCACUCACCAUCAUGAAAAGGAAGCUGAUGAGCAGCAACGAUCUGCAGGAGUCCAGGCGUCUUGUCCAGAAGAUCGACAGGCAUCUGGAGGCCAGGAAUAUCAUUGAGAAGUCAGUGCAGAAGAUUGUCACCUUGGUCUCAGGGUCUGCCGCCGAGGUGGACAGGCUCCUGUCCCAGAGAGCCCCGCUCACAGAUCACGCGUGCUACCAGAUGGCCGUGUUACACUUCCGCUCACACUGCUUCAACUGGCACAACCCCACGUAUGAGUAUGCUUUGAGACAUUUGUACGUGCUGGUCAACCUUUGUGAAAACCCUUAUCCGAUUGACAGAAUAAAAUUGUCCAUGAACAAGGUGUGCCUUGGUUACUACUGA